GCUGGAUUACACUUUUAAGCUCAAAAUGUGUCAUUUGUCGAGCUUUUUAGUGGCUUUGAGCAUAUUGGCGAGCUACAUCCAACAAGGCGCAAGCUAUGAAUACGUGACAAAAAAUUUCACAGUUCCGGUGGACCAUUUUAGUUUCACGACGAACGCCACUUUCGAAAUGCGUUACUUGGUCAACGACAGCUCGUGGGAUGCCGACAGCGGCCCAAUUUUCUUCUACACGGGAAAUGAAGGCGACAUUAAGUUGUUCGCCGAAAAUACGGGUUUCAUGUGGGAGCUGGCGGUUGAAAUGCGGGCAAAGGUUGUUUUUGCUGAGCACCGCUACUACGGCGAGUCGUUGCCCUUUGGGAAGGACUCCUUCUCGAAUGAGAAGAACUUGGGCUACCUGACGGCACACCAGGCCUUGGAGGACUACGUCGACCUGAUCACGGCUCUUCGCGGCGACAAUCGUAUUCCGGUGAUUGUGUUUGGCGGCUCCUACGGCGGCAUGCUGUCUGCCUGGUUCCGCAUGAAGUACCCACACAUCGUUCAAGGUGCCAUCGCUGCGUCGGCGCCGAUUCUAGAGUUUGAAGGGAUGAACAAGUGCAAUGCCUUCUACCGGAUCGUCACCUCCGACUUCCAGUCCGCCGCGGACGACUGCAGGUAUAAUAUUCGCAAUUCGUGGGACGCUUUCAAUCAGAUCGUCAAAAGCGCCGACGGUUUGGCCUGGUUGUCCAAGGCUUUCCAGCUGUGCAAGCCGCUAACCAAGGCGGCCGACGUGAAAGAUGUGAAGGACUUCCUGUCCGAGGUGUACGUCAACCUGGCCAUGACCGACUACCCUUACGCCACCAACUUCCUCAUGCCGCUGCCUGCAAAUCCUAUUUUGGAAGUUUGUGAACAUCUGAAAGCUCCAAACCUGAAAGAAAAGGAAUUGCUAACACAGAUCUUCAAAGCGGCCAGCGUCUACUUGAACUACACAGGCACUACAAAAUGCCUCGACCUUGAAGACGCUGAUGGUCCGUCCUUGGGCGGCAACGGCUGGGGCUUUCAGUCCUGCACGGAAAUGGUGAUGCCGAUGUGCUCAAACGGCGUCGACGACAUGUUCGAGCCGAGCCCCUGGGACAUGAACAAAUACGUGGCCGACUGCAAGAAAACGUUUGCGUGGGUAAAGCCACAGCCGUUCCUGGUGCCCAAGAGGUACGGCGGCCUCGAACUUGCCAGACUCUCGUCCAACAUUAUCUUCAGCAACGGCCUGAGGGACCCUUGGACUAGCGGGGGCGUGGUCGAGAGCCUGACGCCGUCGGUCGUGUCAAUUAUCAUCCCCGAGGGCGCCCACCACCUCGACUUGCGCGCCUCCAACCCCGCGGACCCGAAUUCUGUGCGAAAUGCAAGAAUUCUUUACAAAAAGCACAUCCGCAAGUGGAUCAGAGAGUACAGGGGUACUGUUUAAUAAUUACCGCAGGAGAAAAAAAGAAGUAAUAUCAAUUAUAACUGUUCCUUUUAUGUAAUUGAUUGAAGAAACCAGGAUUAAAUUUAUUCUUAAAAUAAAUAAAAUUUGAAUGCCUAAGAUAAAUUUGAA